UGGCGAAUGGCAACGGCUCUGCGUGGUAACUGGCGCUGCCUCCGCCGUUCGGCGCCGUUGCCGAAGUCGUGCGUCUCCGCAAUAGCUUCGCGUCGGCCGGCUAGCAUGGAGGCCGCGGCCUCUUCCUCCCCGCCCGCUGACGAAGCUCCUCGGUGGCUCGGGGCGCUUCGCUUCGACAACCGGGCGCUGCGGGCUCUGCCGCUGGACCCGAGUGAGGAGAACGUGCCUCGGCCUGUGGCGGGCGCUUGCUUCUCCCGGGUGCGGCCUACCCCGGUGCGGAACCCGCGGCUCGUAGCGCUGUCGCUGCCGGCGCUGGCGCUGCUGGGUCUGCGGGAGCCGCGGGCGCCGGAGGAGAAGGCGGAGGCUGCGCUCUACUUCAGCGGGAAUCGGCUGCUGCCCGGAGCGGAGCCCGCCGCCCACUGCUACUGCGGGCACCAGUUCGGCAGCUUCGCCGGGCAGCUGGGCGACGGCGCGGCGACCUACUUGGGCGAGGUGCUGAACCCGCGUGGCGAGCGCUGGGAGAUCCAGCUCAAGGGCGCCGGCCUCACCCCUUUCUCCCGACAAGCAGAUGGUCGUAAAGUUCUACGAUCAAGCAUAAGAGAAUUCCUUUGCAGUGAAGCAAUGUCUCAUCUAGGAAUACCUACAACCAGAGCUGGAACGUGCAUAACAUCUGAUUCAGAAGUCAUUCGGGACAUCUUUUAUGAUGGAAAUCCCAAAAAAGAAAGGUGUACCAUUGUCCUGAGAAUAGCGCCAACAUUUAUUAGGUUUGGAUCAUUUGAAAUUUUUAAACCUGCUGAUGAAUAUACAGGACGUAAAGGCCCAAGUGUUAAUCGAAAUGAUAUCCGAAUACAAAUGCUUGAUUAUGUAAUCAGCACUUUUUAUCCAGAGAUUCUACAAGAAUGCUCAGAUAAUAACGUUCAGAGGAAUGCUGCUUUCUUCCGAGAGGUAACAAGGCGGACAGCAAGGAUGGUUGCUGAAUGGCAAUGUGUCGGAUUUUGUCAUGGUGUGCUCAACACUGACAACAUGAGUAUAGUUGGACUUACAAUUGACUAUGGACCUUUUGGAUUUAUGGACAGAUAUGAUCCUGAACAUAUUUGCAAUGGGUCUGAUAACACAGGCCGCUAUGCUUAUAAUAAGCAACCAGAAAUUUGUAAGUGGAAUCUAGGCAAACUUGCCGAAAUCUUAGUACCAGAACUUCCACUGGAAAUCAGUAUGCCCAUUCUGGAAGAAGAAUAUGAUGCAGAAUUUGAGAGACAUUAUUUGCAAAAAAUGAGAAAGAAGCUAGGAUUCAUUCAGCUGCAGUUAGACGAUGAUAGCAAAUUGGUAUCUGACUUCUUAGAAACUAUGCAUAUUACAGGUGCAGAUUUUACAAACACUUUCCGCUUGCUGAGCUCUUUCUCAGUAGACUCUGAUCCUUUAAAGUUAGAAGACUUUUUAGAUAAGAUUUCAAAGCAGUGUGCAACUUUAGAAGAACUGAAAGUUGCUUAUAAACCUCAAAUGGAUCCCAGACAGCUUUCAAUGAUGCUGAUGUUAGCACAAUCUAAUCCACAACUCUUUGCCUUAAUUGGAACAAAAUCAAAUAUAAAUAAAGAAUUGGAACGCAUAGAACAGUUCUCAAAGCUACAGCAGUUAACAGCAUCUGAAUUACUUAGUAGGAAUAAAGGGCACUGGAAAGACUGGCUGCAGAACUACAGAGUUCGGCUAGAAAAAGAAAUGGAGCACAUAAGUAAUGCUGAUACAUGGAACGCUGAGCAUGUAAAAAUUAUGAAUUCAAACAAUCCAAAAUAUAUCUUGAGAAAUUAUAUCGCUCAAAAUGCGAUAGAGGCAGCAGAAAACAGUGACUUCACAGAGGUAAGCAAAGUCUUAAAACUCUUAGAAAAGCCAUAUGAAGAAACAGAGUCUCGCAGUGAGGUAACUGAAGAGACUGAAGAGACUGAAGAGGAAGAAGCUGUGGCUGCCGCUGCUGCCUGCAGUUCAGCAACCCGGCGAAGAGUUCCAUAUAGUAGUAAACCUCCACUCUGGGCUUCAGAACUCUGUGUUACAUGAUCUUCAUAACUGCCUUGCCAGCAUUUUCCACAAAGACGACUUGAACUUCUCAGUUGUGGAUGGUGCAGCAAGGCUCCAUAGAAGUGCUAUUAACUCUCAACAGAUUGUUUGGAUGUUAUCACAGUUUCACCUGAGUCAUGAUCAUUUUAUAAGAUGUGACAAUCAAAUGUCAACGCACACUGCAAAGGUGUUGGUAGACUGACCAAAGUUUUACCUUCUGUCCAUCAUCCACAAAGAGCUGUUGCUUUUUUAUGCAUGCUAAUCUGAGAACAUCCAAAUGAAAUCUGUGUUUGUGAAGACAAAAAUAGCAAAUCAAGUACUGGAUGUAUUUUUGUCUGAAAAUGAAUUAAUAGUACUUCCUAACAAUGUUUAUGACACUUUUCUUAUGCAGGGAUAUUUUAAUUCUCUCUUGGUGGGGAGUGAGUUUACGCUCAUAAUUGCUGAUUUGAAGCUAUGUUUCAUUUAAUUUUGUUGUAGUUCAUUUAUUGUGAACCUUCAUGCUUGCAUCAUGUUUUUUAGAGAAAUUAUCAUUGCAUACUAGGGAAAAGAGCAAUAAUGUGCAUUACAAUAAGAGAACAGAGGCAAAAAAUAAGUUUCAACUUUAUGUAAUGACCUGGUUCAUACAUUAUUAUUUUUUAUGGUUUUUUUAUUGUGUUUUACAAAAUACAAUAUUAUACAACACUUCACUCCCUCUCACACAUAAUGCUAACCAAUGGGUUGUUGAAUUCUGGGUUAUUGUACAAUCCCAGCUAUGCUAAAAUAACAUGAAUAACCAAGAAAGAGAACUGAGAGUUUGUUGUUGGGUUGUAAACUCUGGGUUAUUUAAAUCGUGAGUGGUUGUUAUGUGUGAACCCAGAACUGUGGGUUGUUCAUGGACUGUUCACCAGGCUAUAAGAUGCAGUGGGGAAAAGUGGCAAAAAGAAACAACCCAAAAACUAGCCACUCUACAUGCCAGUUCUACAGAACCACAAAGGCAUUUGGGAUACAGAGACGGAGCGGGAGAAGGAGGACUGAAACAACCCAGGAAUUGAGAAAACAAACCACAGUUUUAUUGUCUACUAGACAAACCUGGAUAGGACAAGAAACCAUGGUUAGCAUUAUUUUCGCACUUAGGUCUACAUAGGGGGCUGUUUGCACAUCAUGGUGGGAUAUCAUGGAUCAAUUAACCUCAGAUUGACAUAAUUAGAAGUUGUCAGCAUGAUGUGUGAACCCAGACCGAUGGGUUAUUUGGGGCGUCUAGUACUUUCUGCUGUGACAUGCAAACGAGGUCUCAGUGACUCAAUUUCACUGGGAUGAUAUGCAUAUACAAAUGUAUGCCUUUGUAUGCAUCUCCAGUUGGAUUGCUAAGCGUGUUUCCAUUUGUAGCUGUGCUUAAAGUUCAGGACUGCAUCCUGAGUUUGUUUCACUGGAUUAGGGUUAGUUAAUGCAAUCCCCAAAAGGAGAUGUUCAGUGCUAAUGGCGCCAGUUCCUUGUUGUAACAGUUGGGAGGAUUGAACCUUGCUUUCUCUUCUCCUGCCCUGAAGAUGUGAUUAGCCCUGGCAGUAAUGGAUUAUGACCGCUGAGUGCAUAUCUAACCUUAAGUUAGACUUCUCCCAACAGGUCAGUUUUGUCAAUGUAUUGUGGAUACAUUGCUCAGUAUUCAAACAAAGCCUUCUACAUUCAGAUGUUGUGUACUUUUCUCAUAUAGGCUAUUUUCUACAUUUCAACUCUGCUACCUCAGGAAUGUCUUCCAUUCUUGCACCUUUUGCUAUUUGAGUAAUUGCUUAGUCAUAUUUUAAUAACAUUUGAACUUUAAACGCUCAACGCCGUUAGCAUAUAUCUCAGAAAGUUCAGCAAAACUGGAUGAAAGCAUUUUCUAAAAAAGUUAAGAGGGAAAUGAGUUGUCACUACAGAUGAGUUGUCACUCAAUGGUUGCAGCUACAGUGAUUGCAGACCUAAGCAUUGUGUUUUUUAUGUAGAGUCCUAUUAAAAUCAGUAGGAUGUACUUUAACGAUAAUAUAUCUUCACGUUUGAUCUAGAGAAACAGAAACUGAAAUACCACUGAAGAGAUGUUCUAUCUAUUCUGCCUUAAUAAUGGAAAUAUAGACUAAUGAUUGGAAAAGUAGGAAUGAUGAGGAAUGUGAGAUGGUGACAAAUGACAGUGGGUAUAAAUGUUUCUGUGAAUAAGGUUUUCUCACUUUUCAGUUAGCAAGUUUUACUGUUAACAAAACUUAAUUGUGGCAUUUGUGGAUCUUAUAUACAAAUUUGAUUUUAAAAAUAGUGCUCAGGGCAAGUGUUGUGAAUGGCUUAAUGUCCAUAAUCGAAUUUAAGUUAAUUUCUCUUGAAUUUUGGCCCCCUAAAAUACCACGAGAAUGUUUUUAUUAUGCUUUAAAUAUUGCACUUUACCUUUUCAAUGAGUGUUAUGGACUUUUCUCAUUCUGCAUAUGAUAGCAAAACUCUGGACACCAUCAUUCUAAGCGAUUUUAAUUGAAAAUAAAUGAAUUUGGUGAUGUUCAUAUUAAA